AUGCCCGGUCCGAUACGCUUAGUUGUUACUUUGGUGUCGUUGUUGGUGUUUGCGUCGUUGUCGGCGUCUGCAUCGACAUCUGCGUUGGCAUCGACAUCGACAUCGACCUUGACUAAGAUCAUGUCCACUUCCAGCUCUACGUCUACCGGCUCCUUUUCUUCCAGUUCGUCCUCAAACUUUAUAGGCUCAAAGCCUUCUACUGUGCUCUUCUUCGUUGCCCUUUGUAUCGGUGUUUCUAUCGCCUUGUUGUUCAUCUUCUUUACCUUCAGAUACCUUAUCAGAUCCCGUUAUGGUAUGUAUAUACCUAGUCCUGGUUAUGCGGGUUCAUUAUUUGAACUAGGCCCCGGUGCUCGCUAUAAUAUGAGUCCCUUGGGUCCCUAUAUGGCCGGUGAUGGUCUCAACUAUAUGGGAUCCAUUCCUUCUCAGGAUCGGUUUGGUGGAGCACAUCAUUUACCAUCUAGUCGUCCCAAGAAAAUGUCUCAGGAAGAGGUGGAUCGUUUGUUUCCCACACUGACUUAUAUUGAGUGGCUGUCGCUGGACAACAGGCCACAGGUUAAGGAAGUGGGCGAAGUCAGCGAAGUCGGCGAAGUCAGCGAAACCGAUGAAAUUGAUGAUAUCGGCGAAGUUGAUGCUGAUCAACUUGAUACCGAUUCCGAGAUCGACGUGACAGAGAUGCACAUGCAACAGGGAACUUCUGGUACUACUCAAGCAUCAUCUCUUAGCAAUGAGGCGAACGAGAAGAAUACGCCCAAACAGCUUAAAGAGUCAGAUAUUACCGAGCAGAAAUAUCAUAAAUUUCCUCUGCACUUCACAUCAGGCGACUGUACCAUCUGCUUGGAGUCAUUUGCGGACGAGGAUGAAGUGCGAGGACUCUCGUGCGGUCACGUUUUUCAUGUUGAUUGUAUUGAUCCUUGGCUUACCAAUAGAAGGGGUUGUUGUCCAACUUGUAAACACGAUUUUCUUGCUUCUGAACCAGCGGUGGUUCGGGAGACCCGAAAUCCUGACUAUAGGGACUUGGACAGUAUUUUUACCAUGGAUAGAACUCCUUUGUCACCGAUAAUCUAUCACAAACCAACUCAAUUCAAAGCUAAGACGUUACUUUGUUGUUUAGAGCUUUUUAAUUUAGGUAGGUACAACACAGAUGGUCCUGUGGAUAUUGGGAAGGGGACUGAACGUGCUGAUGUUGAUGCUGAUGCUGAUGUUGAUGCUGAUGCUGAUGCUGAACAUGCUGAGGAGCAUGUCGAGGAUCAUACCGAGGAGCAUGGGGAGGACACUGAACAUGGUGAACAUGUCGAGGAUCAUGCCGAGGAGCACGGGGAGGAUGCUGAACAGGCUGAACAGGCUGAAAAUGUCGAGGAUCAGGAAACAUCCACAAAUACAUACGACCUGGGUAGUAUCUCAAGAUACAUGAACACUACAGAGUCAGAUACCACAUACUACCAGAAGAUGAUAUCAGUAUCGUUUGAUUCGCCUCCAUUACCAGAUAUCAACGAUAUUAACCCGAGAAUCCGCGAGAUUCUACUGGCUCACCCGUUCAACACUAUAGAUGUGGCUGGAAUCGACCGGCUUGCCUAUAGAGCUACUUUAAAGAUGUUUAAAUGGUACUCAAGAUUCUUUUGGAGACUUAUGGGCAUCAAACGAAUAGACCUAUACUUUUACUUCGUGGUGUGGUUCUACCAGAAGAAGAAGGAUAGGAGAGUACUUCAUCCCAAUCCAACUGAAGAUCAACAGGAUCCUAAUGAUGCUGCUAGUAUCGUGUAA